CCCCACUCUUCCCCACUCUCCCAACUCUCACCGGCGGCGGCGGAUCGGAGCAGAGGAAGAAGACCACCGGGCUCCAUCACCGGCGGCGGCGGAUCCGAGCAAAGGAAGAAGACCACCGGACUCCCCAAUGGCGAUCAAGGAUAGCAAUGAGAUGGGCACGGAGGUGCUCCCGGCCAUUGACAGCAAGGGCAAGCAGCCCCUUCACCCAAUGCCUGACGAGGUUGAGCUGCUGCCCACCGCUGAGGAAGACCCGAAGACGCCUGAGGGUGGCGACGACGAGGGCAUGGAGGAGCCCCCCAGCAACAAGCACCGCAACUACGACCACUACCAUCAGGAGGAUGGCCCAACUCACUUCUGCAAGGUCAUCCUUGCACCGAAGCUUGAGUGCAUCCCCAUGCCCCUGGACUUCACCAAGCACUUCGCCGCGGUGCCGACGGAGUUCAAGCUCAGGAACAACACCGGCUGCUCCUGGAAGGUGACGGUCAAGCUGAUGAACGACAGGGUGACCCUGGAUCAGGGUUGGGCCACCUACGCAGCCGUUCAUCAGAUCAAGAUCGGCUACAUGGUGACGUUCAAGCUCCUCACUCCCGACACCCUCAAGGGCAUGCAGGCAACCAAACAACAUGCAUAUGGUGCAUUUGAGGCUGCAUUUGCAUAGCCAGGUUGGGUGGAGAAGUGUAUGCGAUGCGGGUACUGUAGCACACGGCAACCAAACACGCCCAUGGUGACCGUGGGACGCCCAGGACAUGGUGGAGCCGCUCCGGGAAACAAUCGGCGUCACCGUUUUGCUACAUGCUUCAACCGCGUCGCAAUUUGCACUACCAGCAUCACACUCUGCUACAGCUCAGACGCACGCCCCCCAAGCAUCACCAUGGAAUACGCUCCAUCCAUCCAUCUAGCUCCACUUCGGCGAGCGAACCUGCAUCCCUGGAGGUUGCAACCAGCUGAGCCAAACGCUGCAACCGUUGUUGAAUUUUGCUACUACCGAUGACGGAUUUGCUACAUCCAUCACGGUGGAGCUGCGACCUACUACAGCGGUGUUUUUUUUGUUGCAACCGUCCUCGGAUUUUGCUACUACCGAUGAGAGAUUUUCCUACAUUCUAUUAGACUUUGUAUUGUAGCCUUAUUGUGUAAUCCAUACCAUAUUGGUAUAGGACUUGUAUGACACCAUUAUAUAUAUA